AUGUCAGAUGAUGAGAUUAAGCAGUUGUGCUUAAUGGAUAUAGACAAGAUCUUACAUUCCUAUGGUCAAACCUUAAAAGACUAUCCUCCUAUGCAUUUAGCAAUUGAAGUUGAUAGUUUUUUGUUAACCAAAAGGGUUAUUAGGAAAGAGCUAAACUUUAACAGGGAUGAUAUAAAGAAAAAUGCCUCAGAUAUGUUAGCCAUCGCAACAGCUGAGCAGAGAUAUGCAUUCGCUAAAAUUGUUACAGCUGUGUAUUGUGAUGAAGGGGGUUUUUUCUUUGUGUAUGGUCAUGGGGAUACUGAAAAAAUAUUUUUCUGGAACCUUAUGUCUGCUGAGAUUCACUCAAUGGGUGAUAUAGUGUUAAACGUUGCUUCGAGUGGUAUUGCAUAUUUAUUUCUUCCUAAUGGAAGAACGGCAUACUCAAGGUUCAAAAUACCGCUGAAUAUAACUGAGGAUUCUAUAUGUAACAUCAAACCUGGUUCCCCUCAAGUAAUGUUGCUGUUGAAAGCCAAACUUAUAAUUUGGGAUGAGGCUCCAAUGAUUAGUAGGUACUGCUAUGAAGCGCGUGAUAAAUGCUUGGGUGAUAUCAUGAGGUGUUCUCCAACAUAUAGCAAAGAUUUACCCUUUGAAGGAAAAGUGGUUGUACUAGGUACAGACUUUAGACAAGUUCUUCCUGUCAUUCCACGAGGAUCGAGACAAGAUAUCGUACAUUCAACCGUGAAUUCGUCUUACCUUUGGAAGUUUUGUGACAAUAUGGAUGGUAAAUCUGAGAUAUGUCUUCUUGGAGAUAUUGUUAUUCCUUCUUCGGACCAGGCAUUUGAUGAGUUGGUUCAUUUUUCUUAUCCAAAUAUUUUGGAAAACAUGUCCUCAAAGGAUUUUUUCAAAGCAAGAACCAUACUGGCUCCCACACUAGACAUCGUUGAAGAGGUCAACAACCAUCUGAUGGCUAUCAUUCUUGGAGGGGAAAAAUUGUAUCUUAGUUCGGAUUCCAUUUGUAUGGAUGAAGGGAAUAUGGAGAGUCAACUGAUCUCUAUGGUCCUGAAUUACUAA